AUGGUUCCAUCGACUCUUAAAAGGUUUCACGCCCUCUGGAACUUCUUGUUAAAAGAACACAUAGCCGCUUUGAUCCACAGCAACACCGCUAGAACAUAUUUAUGGCAUUUUAAUGCAGGAAUGGAAUGCCAAUUGCCAGAAAUUACAGCCGCUACCUAA